CAGUGUCUCAAUGUCUAUCACUACCUCUAUAUAUGACUAAAAAAGACCAAGAGAUGAUCACCGUAUCCUCACAACCAUAUUCCUUUGAACAAAUUGGUGAAAUGGCUACCCAUGGCAAGAACAUCGACAGAAAGGAUAGAAAUGGACAAUGGUAAUCGACAAAACUCAAACGUACCAAAUACCCAAAACAAAAUUGGUUGCUAUUAUCUUUUUACCUUCAAGUUACCGAAAACUUAUUGUUCUUCUUCUUUCCUUUUGAAAAUUUUCAGGGUUCUCUCUAAAGAUAUCCCAACUGACAUAUUGGUUCAAGUUGGUGCAGCAGAGUUCCCUCUUCACAAGUUCAUGUUAUUAGCAAAGAGUAACCACAUAAGAAGAUUAGUUAUAGAAUCAGAAGAACCUGAUUUGAGAAGGAUAAAUCUCUCCAAUAUCCCUGGAGGUGCUGAGAUCUUCGAGAAAGCAGCAAAGUUUUGCUAUGGUAUGGACGUUGAAAUCACUGUAAAUAACGUAGCAGCCCUGCACUGUGCUGCAGAGUACCUCGAAAUGACUGAUCAGUACUGUGAUGGAAACCUCGCCAGCAGGACAUAUGCCUUCCUUACCCAAGUAGCCUUAACGAGCCUCUCCGGUGCCAUUACAGUUUUAAGAUCAUGUCAACAGCUUCUUCCCAUAGCUGAACAACUCAAUAUCGUCCAUCAAUGUAUUCAAGUGGCCAGUGCUGAGGCUUGUAACGAGGCCAAUUCUCCAAGUUGUUCACCGUCGAAUUGGUGGGCAGAAGAAUUAUCAAUGGUCCACAUAACCUUCUUUCAAAGAAUCAUCGAUUUGAUGAAAUCACGCGGCACGAAAGCACUCGCAAUCGCUGGUGCAAUCACAACCUACGCCAAAAGAUCAUUCCCGAACCAUUCCGUCAACGGCAUAAAAUCUCCUGUAUCCGGUGACUCCUCCAGAAUCAAACAACGAGAUCUUCUAGAGUCAAUCGUCGCUCUAUUCCCUGUCGAAAGUCAACAAGCGGUUUUUUCAAUCAACUUCUUGUGUUAUCUCCUGCGCACCGCGAUCAUGCUAGAAAACAAUGACAAUUGCAAGAAGCAGCUGGAGAAGCGGAUAUCGGCCAUCCUAGACCAAGUGACCGUCGACGAUCUGCUCCUCCUGUCAUACACGUUUGACGGAGAGAGAUUGUGUGAUAUGGAGAGUAUAAGUAGGAUCGUGACGGGAUUCGUGGGGAAGGAAAAGAACCUUUCGGUAUUUAAUUAUGGUGAUUAUAAAGAGGCUCCGUCGCCGGCGAUGAUUAGGGUUGCGAAGACGAUUGAUGUGUACCUCAGUAAAAUCGCCAUGGCUACUGAAUUGAGCAUUCCAAAGUUCACAGGAAUUGCUAAUUUGGUGCCCAAAAAUGCGCGAGACGUCGAUGACGAUCUCUACCACGCCAUUGACAUCUACCUCCAGCUUCAUCCAAACUUGGAUGAAAUCGAGCGAGAGAAAGUUUGCAACCCAGUGGAUCCACUAAAGCUAUCGGUCGAAGCAAGAACACACGCUUCCCAAAACAAAAGGCUUCCAUUACAAAUAGUUUUACACACGCUCUAUUAUGAUGAGCUACAGGCAAGAAGUGAUAUCGAUGGACGAAACACCCCAGGAGCCCAAAGUAUGAGGCUUCAGGUGCAUGCAGAUGCGGCGUUGGCAAAAGAAAAUGAAACUUUGAGGUCUGAAUUAUUGAGGAUGAAGACGUAUAUAUCGAAUAUUGAGAAGAAACAAGUAGGUGUGCCAUCUCCAAAAUUGAAGAAGUUAAAGAAGCCUACUUUCUUCUCAACAAUGUCCAAGACUCUUGGAAAGUUAAACCCUUUUAAGCUGGGAUCAAAAGACACUUCAAAUAUCAGUGAUGAAGUAGAUCAUAAUAAGCCUAGGAGGAGAAGGUUCUCUAUGUCAUAGAGGUGAAACCCAUGCUAAAGAGUAUGAAAUAAUCUCGUUGUUUCAAUAAUUUUUCCAAACUUUUGAGUUUACGACACUUCGUUUGAUAAAAAUACGAAGCUUUGGUGAUUCCAAAGUAUCAUAUCGUUUGAAGUUGUUUAAAAGCGCAUUCUAAC